AUGCAUUCAACAACGCUCAGCAACAUUGAAAUCACUGACCCAGCAACAUUCAAAGUCGCCAUUAUCGGCGGUGGAAUCGGAGGUCUCACAACGGCUCUAAGUAUCGCAUACCAAAAUUCCACUCUCAAAAGCAUCACCGUCUAUGAACAGGCCCCAGCGUACAAAGAGAUUGGCGCUGGCAUUGGCAUCGGCGUGAAUGCAGCCCGCGUCUUGAAAAAUUUGGGUGUGUGGGGAGCUGCAAACGCCAUCUCCGGCGAACGCAAUGGUGUCCAUCGGAGCUGUCGACGAUACGACACUGGUGAGGAAAUCGUCGCGGUUGGAGCGAUGGAUGAGAAUGCGGAUGGUGGUGUUAGGCAACUGAGCGUGCACCGUGCAGAGAUCUUGGAUAUCCUGUAUCAGGAACUGAUACGGAACUACGACGGUCGUGUUACGCUGAAGACGGAUAUGAAAGCUACUAGAGUCGAGGAGUGCGGCGAUGAAGUCGCAAUCUACUUCGCAAACGCAACAAACUCGAUGGAGGUAGCCAAUCUGGUGAUCGCAUGUGACGGCAUUCACAGCACCAUUCGGUCGCAAUUUGCUCUUGACAAACCCCGAUAUAGCGGCCGGAUCGCCUACAGAGGCCUACUCCCUCUCAGCGCCAUCAGCGACAAAUGGCCUUAUCCUAGCUACGCCGUGAGCUGGUUGGCGCCGGACAAGCACUUCCUGGUCUUCCCCAUCUCGCAAAACAAGACGCUCAACGUUGUAGCCUUUGUGACUAAACCAGAGAACGAACUUGGCGAUCUGAAAGAGAGUUGGACCAGCAGUGCUCCCCGCGGGGAGCUCGAGAGCGAGUAUGCAGGCUGGGAGCCGACUGUUGGAGCCGUGAUUCAAGAGAUGGAGGCUCGGCCGGGGAAGUGGCGCCUCAAUGACCGCGAACUGCUCGAGCAAUGGAAGUACCUCAACGGCAAGGUCGUACUAGCUGGUGAUGCCGCUCACGCAAUGCUCCCACAUCAAGGCUCUGGAGCCGGCCAUGCCAUCGAAGACGCCUACAUCCUAGGCCUCAUCGUGAGAGACUACUUUGCCAACCAUAUUCCAGGUCUAGCCGCCUACACAGCCCUGUAUCAAGCCGUCCGACGACCCCGCGCUCAGAAGGCCCAAGUCACCAGCCGUCAGGCCGGUGACGUGUAUGAAAUGCAGGGCAAGGAAUUCGAGGGUAUCACCUCCUACGAAGAUUGUUUGCCCAUCGUCCGCGAGAAAUUGGCUGGUCGGAUGAAGUGGGUUUGGGGUCAUGAUCUCGAGGCCGAUUAUCAGAAGGCUCGUGAGGAGGCUGGGUUAGCCGUGCAGACCCAGCCAAAAGCGUCGCCUAGGACGAAUGGAACGGUGAAUGGAAUCGUGGCUGGGACGCUGAAUGGCAAGAUCGGUGCAGCUCAGCAUGGGAUCGAUGUCCAGGAGGUUGAAGCAUGA